AAUGACGCACUGCUCAAGAUAAAUAUUGAUUUGUUUUACUUGUACGCACUUGUUUUUUUUAAAAUGUAACUAAAAAUUUGUAAAACCGCAAAUCUAAAAUAAAACAUUGUCAUAUUAUUAAUUAACAGUGCCGAGCACAAGUUCAACAUGGAAUUUCCCCAACAAAUCGAAGCACGACUAAUUGGCAUAUAAAAUAAUUCAGAAAGACUCGUUAAGCAAACAUCCCCCAAAACAUACUAAGCUAGUACUAAACUAGUGCUAAAUAAACACUUUACUUACCAGAGACCCUAGUCUUGGCACAACAGACAACAUAUGCCUACGAUGUCGUAAUGGAGUCGCCACUAUAUCCCAAGGUCAACAACAAUUUAAGUUCCAAGGUGUCGCCCAGUGGCGACAAGAUGAACUCUAGCAUGAAUAGCAGCAGCACUUUGGAGGACACGACGCCCAGUGACUCGGGGGUACAAAUGCUAGAUUCAGAGAAUAGUGAUGUCAUGAUUGAGUCCAUCACCUCCCAGACGGGCUUGGAAUAUGAAGAGCCAUUGAAAGCCACCGCAAUAGUUGCAGAGCAGCAGCAUCAGCAACCGACGGUUGACACCAAUUCAAAUGUGGCAGCAACUGAGGAAACGAUGACCACUAGUGCUUACUCCACCUUCGACACAACCGAGAAGAUCGUGUAUAGGCGCAAGGUGCACAAAACCACGUCCACCCCCAAGGCGCCCAAGAAACGUGUGUCCUUUCAUGAGGACAUAUUGAAGAACACGCGUACUGACAAUAUUCACAUUGAGCAUGGCUUCAUCACAUACAAAAAUGGUCGCAAGCUGGCCGUGGUGGGUGGCAACUCAGCGGGUGUAGCUGGUGCCGCCGGUCGCUACUCAUGGUGUGCAGAACGCGAGCGUAUUCAUGGACCUACUGAGCUGAGCGCAGCGGGCAGAGAUUCGGAGGAAACUGGAGGCGGUGACGUAGUGGGACGUAGUCGUCGUCUGGUCUAUCGAAAUGCCUGCUCUGAUGUCUUGGACUAUGGAAACACCGACAUCUAUGACACUAAUGAUCCAGUUGGUCUGCAAUAUGAUAACUCAGGAGUCUUUGAAUAUGCCUCGACUACCACAGAAGGCAAGCAACGGGAUGAACGAUUGCUAUAUCGCUGUGCGUGCAGCAGUUCCAACUCGAGUCUGGAUUCUGAUGAGCAGGACAAAAACUCUAAUAGCAAUGCCAAUCGAAAGCAGUAUGAGCAGGCAAAGAGCAGUUCCUGCGACUGCAUUGGCAUGAGCAAUGCCAACAAUAAUUUAAUUGGCGAAAAUUGUUAUUAUUCGGAACCAAACAUUGGCGAUGCGGGCAGCCCCAAGCAAAAAUCCGUGUGGAACAAAGAGAAGAAGCCCAAGUCGAGCUGCUUGAAGAAAACCAAACGACACACAAACAUCAUACAAGAGCAGGAUCUCAGUGAUCGUGUCAAGAAGUUUAAUGUGCACGACAUUAAGCAUCAGCUGCUGGACAACAGCAGUAAAAUGAUAUUUGGCUCAUUGAAGAGCAUUUUCACAAUGCCAUUGCCCGAACGUGGCGUUCCCGAAGGCUCCGAGGAUCUGCAGUCUGUGGUGGAGUGUGUUCCAGAACUGGAACAGACGCCUGAGCAUAAACCGACUCAUCAGCAAAAACUGCAGUAUCAGUCACCAGAUUCACCACCACUCAAAGCCAAACCGUUUUUGAGCAAGAGUCUAGAUGGCAACAAGCAGGCACAGGGUGUUAAGAAGUUUGUGCACAAUGUAGAUGAGCAGUUGCGACGCAAAAAUGAUGACCACUCAGCGAGCAGUUCCACAGAGGCCUCACCCAUGGACAGCAGCAAGCAGCACGUGCUGCGACGUCAAGAUGAGUUCGAUAAGGAAACAGCAGCAGGCACAGUAUCUAUUGUCACCAGCACACAAAGUGAAUUCCGCAGCAAGUUUAUCAUCAACUGUGAGAGCACAGUCUUUGAGCACACAGGUGUUUCCUAUGAGACCAGCGAGCCAAAUCAGCUCGAGCUAUCCAUACCGAGCACACAGCACAGCAGUGUGGCAAGCUUGCUGGAGCGGGACACGCCCAUUGCACAGCCAGCCAGCCAGCUUCGCACUUCAUUUAUGGCUGCUCCCAUUGCUAAGACUUUUAGCAACUUCUUCCGCAGUUUUACAGACAGUGCCGCUAAUAACGCAGCAGCUGAAAAGGAGAAGGAACAAAAAGAGCAGCAGCAACAGCAGGCAGCAACCGAUAGUUACUUUGCUUCAAAAAUGUCUAAGACAGCACGACCACAGCAGGCACAAGCGAUACCCAACAAACUUCCCACUACACACUCAUCAUCUACCAUAUCCGAGCUUAGCUCCAUUAGCAACAACACCAAUAGCAACUCCAACUCAUGCUCCAAGCCACCAAGCCAAUCCCAGAUCAAUACGAAUCCACUGAUGCUUGGCAGUGUGGAACGACAGUCGCGACAUCUUCCCUCACCACUGAAGAAACGCGGGCAACCAUUGCAACCGCCACGCUAUGGUGAUCAACAGCAUCAUAGUCGAAGUCUGCACAGUCCUAGCAGCUAUUUGGGCGCACGCGGCGGUUGUCCAGGUCCUGGUGCUCCGGGUGGAAGUGGACGUGACUCAAAGAGCACGAUUUUAAGUGAAGAGUUCGAUGACAUAUUAACCAUUACGACCACAACAGAUACGGCCAAUGAUCGACCAUCCACAGAGAGUGAUUUAGUAAUAGUAGAUUAUACCGAUGUUGACUAUGCACAACUAUUGAAGCCGCCAACGCCGGGUGCAAAGACCUCGCUCAUCAAUCGCUUUCUGCGUAAUGUCACCCAAAAGAAAAUACUCGAGUCCUCAAUACGCAAGAAUGACUUUUUUGCGGAUAAACUACGUGGCGAACAGAAGCAUCUGGGAUCACAUCUAUAUGUGCGCGGUGUGCGGCCGAAAAACUAUGAGUUGAUUGAUGAUUUAAAUGCUGAAAUUGCCAUGGAAAUUGAAAUGUCGGGCGCCAACUCGCCACGUCGUGAAUUGGCCGUGGGCAUGGAUCUGGAUUUGCCAGGAGAUUUGUCACGCUUCGAGUUGGGCAUUGGCGAAAUAUCCAUUGACAUCUUCAGUGGCAAACAUUUGUCCAUAUUUCGUGAACCCGACGAGCAAUUGCUCAAGGUAUUUAAACUAUACACUGGUUACAGCUGCGAGGGAUACAUGACGCCAGUUUUGGUUCUGCUCACAGACAAAACGCUUUAUGUUUCCGACCUGGUGAGAAACUGUCUGUGUGCCAAGUUUGUGCUGGCGUAUAAGGAUCUGGAUGUCAUUUUGAUGGGCCCUUUUGGAAACACGGUGCUGCUUAGCAAUAGCAUGAGGGACAUGCAACAGGUGCUGCUCGCCGGUGGUCCGUAUCCAGCAGAUGCACUAGUUGCCAAUCUAGAGCUAUGCGCACGUCGCAGCGGCUCAACGCUACCCGCUGUCGGUCAACUGACAUUGGAACACUUGGCUCCGCUGCAGGCGUUCGUGCGAGCUAACAGUUGUGUGGGCAAGGAUGAGAACUGGAUAUUCUAUGCGGUGGUUAAUAUGCCAGCAGGCGGUGUGCUGGGCAUGGGCUUGGUCGAUGAACAGGAGCCACUUGGUCCGCACACCAAAGGUUUUCUCAUGCAUCGACGAGUGCGAGAAUCGACGAGCUCAGCUGCCGCAUCCAAGAUUAAUUGGCAACCAGGUUACUUCCUACUAAAAGCUGGUGUGCUGUACAUGUUUAAUGACUCCACACAAAAGCUGCCAAGCUGGGCCAUGGCGCUGGCUGAGUGUCAAGGUGCGAGGCGCGCUGUGAAAUCCGCUCGACCGCAUUGCUUUGAGAUAAUGCUGAAGGGUCAACUGCUGCAAAUGGCAGCACCGGAUGAGUAUGUUGCUUCGGAAUGGCUACAAGCGCUCUUGCAAUCAGCCAGUGGUCUUUUCGAGCUGCAAGAGAAGCACAAGGCUCUGGGAUGCACAUUGAUUGUUACACAAAACCAUUUGAUUACCUUACGUGAGGAUUUUUCUGCCCCGCUGCGUCAACUCACCAGGCAGAUGGAAAGCCCAACUGCUGCAGCCCCAGAACCCAAACCCCCUAUACGAGAUGAUGACAUGUUGUGUAUUUUUGAUACAAGCAGCGUGCUAAGCUCAACGACAAGCACGCCAACGCGUGGGACACAACGCUCUUGCUCCUCUCUCAAUUCAACGCCCACGAAGCAGUCACAGGAUGUCGUCAAAGCGACGGAGAAAAGCGCUGGUGAAGUGGGACAGUCUCAAAAAAUGAGAAGUGUUUAUGGGAAAAACUCUGGCCUCGAAAUUCUUACCUGUGCGGACAUUAAGGCAAUGACAGGCAUUAAGAUACCAUCGCAUAGUGAAACUUGGUGGUGUAUACUAGAGUUUUCGUGUCAGGAAGCGCCUGUGGAGUGCAUGGAUGACUUAGUAAUAUUUUUUGCCAGCAACAUGGAGAUGCAACGUUUUCUCCGACUGUUGGAACAGCUGUGGCAAGCCAAAAAUAAUGAUCUCUUCCCAAUAACUAUACUGGACGAUGAUGAUACAUUAGCUGAACAGUGCACAAUGCUAUAUUUAGACAUAAAUCGCGCCUGGGAGCCAUUGCUAUCGGCAGCCUUGGGUUAUCCUCUCUAAACACGCAACUAAUCAAUAUACUCUACAAAAAAACGUAUAUAUCUGAAACAUUUUGCUAAAUAUGACUAAAUGCUUAAUACUGUAAUACUCAAGCAAAA